GUUUGGCAUGUGAGUGCUCGCUGCACGUAUCGUGUCUAGUAGAGCAGUACCCCGAUGUGAGAGUGGAGCUGGACAUGGAUUGGUUCUGUCCCCGUUGCAUUAAGCGUGCUCGUAGAGAUACAUCUUUGGCGUGGCUUUCACAGGAGGAGACCGGAUUUGGAUUUAACUGGAGCUCAGACAUGUCCAUGGCCGACUUUAUAGCGCAUAAUGACUCAGUAUGUGAGAAGAUCUUUGGAAGGGCACAUCCGGAAGAAUCGGCGGUUGAGGAGGUCUUCUGGAAAGUUGUGAAUUUCGGUUCAGCCCGGGACGACAGUUCACCGGCAGAGGCAGCAUAUGAUGACAUCUGUUAUGGCAAUGAUCUGGACUCAGCUGAAGUGUCGAGCAAUGUUUUUCCUAGGGCGGGGACACCCUACGACCUAGCAGAUGGAGAGCAGUGGUCUCUUCGUACACUACCCUUACUACCUGACAGUGUCCUCAACGAGUAUUUACCUUCCCAUGGCGGCGGUCCUCUGGACAUAGCCGGAGUCACUCGGCCUUGGGUCUAUCUUGGCUCGGCUCUGAGUGCCUUCUGUUGGCAUGCAGAGGAUCAGUACUUGUACAGUAUAAACUUCCAUCAUGCAGGAGCUGCCAAGAUAUGGUACAGCGUACCAGGUCGACAGGCGAGGGCGAUGGAGGACCUCUUCCGAAGGGAAUUACCAACACUGUGCAGCAGCAUCCCGGAUUUGACCCAGCACAUGACCACUAUGAUCGACCCUAAGGUGCUUCUGACUCAGGGGCUCUUGGUCACACGAGGAGUCCAACGCCCAGGGGACAUCGUGCUUACCUUUCCGGGUGCUUAUCAUGGCGGAUUCAAUGCUGGUAUCAAUCUGGCGGAAGCGGUGAAUGUACCGGCAAGAGACUGGAUAACCAUGGGCUCGGUCGCAGGUCGGGCCUACACCAAGUUGUGCCGACGGCCCAUUUUCUGUUUCGAUGAUUUGGUAAUCAACAUUUGCCGUGUGUAUGCGACAGGAGAGGAGAUGAAUCCUAUGUUGGCACUGCAAGCCAUGAGGCAUCUUCACUAUAUCAAACGCCAACGGACGGCUACUCCCAAAGCCAUACCUACUUCGCCUCGUUCGUCCAGUGAUAUCCUCUCUCGAGUCGACCCUGAGAAACCAUGGUUGAUCAUCAACACCUCGAGGCCUCGCCGCACUGUGUCACCACUGGGUUUCAAGCACACCGGUUCGCCAGCAUCCAAGAGCAUAGCAUACCUCUACGGCUACGAGCCCGAUGGCGCCCUUUGCUGUAUAUGCCGCCAAUUUUGCUCUGUUGUGGCUGGAGAGUGUCGGGAUUGCGGGUUGGUUUAUUGUAACCUGCAUAUAGGAUCAUGCUGUGGCCAUCCAGUGAGCUCUAAGGUCAUUCAUCACGUCCUGGCCCCAGAGGACCUGUCCAAGAUCCUCGAAUGUUGCCAACGGCGUUAUAAGAGGUGGAGACUGUGGUCCCGCAAGAUAGAGAGAGUUCACCGUUCGGUGGCCCUCGAGGGUGACCUCACGCCGACCAGGCCUGAUAGACGGGCGAAAGAGAACGCAAUGAGGUCGUGGAAAAAGAAGAAGUGCGCGGCAACGGAACCUCCUGCAAAUGACAUAGUUGGCAGGUCGCCUUCUAUGACCAGUACCAGUACAUUAUCACCGCCAUCCUCUCCUCGAAGUGCAUUGGCACUUCGAGUGGAUAUGUCUACCAUAUCGUCCCUCUUGGAUGAGCGGGAAUCCGAGGGAAUCCCAUGGAGAGUCCCGAUAGAUCCCCCUAACGCUGACUGGCUCUUCGGCCUUAAGGAACGCUGUGGAGAUCCUUGGGAGACUCGGAUAAAGGCUUUAUUAGACGGCAAUGAGCCCAUCAAAUUCGACAGGCUAUUUGAUCUGCUCAACGACGUCAUAGUGAACACAACUCCUGUUCGAUGCCCAAGAGAAGAUGAGCUCAUCGAUAAGUUGACACAGGUAAUGCAUCUUCGUUCCGUCAUUCGAACGGCGCUCGGUAUGAAGCCUCUUACCUCCCGAGAACGAGGGAUUCACAUCAAGAGCAACUGCACGAGCGCCUCUCCCGACGACCCAUGUAGACUCAAGCAAUCGAGUACAGGAGGCUUCGUCUUGGCAGGUACACAUGGAGCUUUGGGCAAGUUUCGCAUUGGUGAUGAGAUUCCUCUAUCGGAAGCACUAUUGCGGGCUGAAACGGCAUUAGUCCAGGCCAGAGAACUAGGAGUGACGGAUUUACCAGAAGAACCGCUCAUUCACGACUGUGUCUCGAUUCUGACUAAUAUGGAGAAGUCCUCACGAGGAGGGGCGGCCGCUCGUGGCCGUGAUCUCGAAGGAAGAGCUAACA